AUGGACGGCAUUAUGGGGUCAACUCGUGGACUUGGUAGUAAAUAUGGACUUGGAAGUUCUCUAGGGUCAUCGAGUGAUGUUGUGCAAAUCCGGUUACAAGGUGACUCUUAUCCGAGUGGUGAUUCCCUGGGAUCAUCUGGCACUGAUAUGUUUCCUGGACUUCCUGGUUAUACCGGUAUCUCUGCUGGUCUUCCGUAUUACGUUGAUUCAGUGGGUGGUAAUGUGGGUUUGUGUGGCGGAAUGAUGGGUUUCGAUGAUGAACUCGGUCACUCCGGCCUAGACAGCAACGAACUUGUCCAGCUUUUGGGAGGCAGUCAAGCUAUCGCUCAAUUGUCCGACAGCCAGCUAGAAGAAUUGGGUCGUGCACAGUUUACCAUUGUGGAUCCUAGAACUGACAACGAAUUAGCAAACUGUCCUUUAAGUUUAUCUGUAGAAGAGGAUGAUCGACCGCUAGAUGAAGAUGAAAUCCUCUAUCUGACUAAAGCAAAAAGUUUGGAUUCUAUUCGUAUCCUCUCGGUUCCUGCUUCCGGAUAUACAAGCAUCAAUGCUACUCAUUUAGCUAAAUGUGUGAAUCUCCGUGAACUGGAUCUAUCAGAAAAUGCACUGCGUGUAUUCCCCAGGCGUUUACAUUUACCUCAGUUAACUAAACUGAGUAUUACAGGGAAUAGAUUUAUACAUGUACCCCUAAUUGAACAAUUUCCUAAACUGAUUCGAUUGAAUUUGGAUGAGAAUUUGAAACAACUAUUAAAUCCUCAAAUGCUGGUCUAUUUUUGUCCAAAACUUAAAUAUAUUAACGGUAUAUACUUUGAAGAGGCGCUUAAUGAUUUCACUAUUCGUAUUAUACAAGAAGCCAGAUCAUUGAUGGAACCGAUUAUACGUUCAAAAUGGGAAACUGACUUUGCUGAUCGAUAUCCCUUUGUAAAAAAUCGUGAAGAACGCAUGACGUUAAUUGGAAACAUGAUCCAGCAUAUAAGAGAACGGAAUGUUUUACUCAGUGAAGCUUUAAAUAAGUAUAAAGAUUUAUUGCUCUUUCGAUCUAUUGAUGAAUUACUCCGAUCGAAAUUGUAUGAUGCCUCGGAUACAGAACUAUUGAAUGCAGUCGAUUCUCUUGUAGAUGAUAAAUUGACAACAAGUGUUGAUAAUACUCUGGAUAUGCCAACGGCUUCUGUUACUGAGAAUGGACAUUCUGAGGAAGAUUAUGCCUUAACUGAAGCUUCACGAAUAGCUGAUAGUGAAUUGACUCCUUCAGGUGACUGUACUGUUACUAAAGUCACCGCUGCCGCUGCUGCUGGUGCUGCUACUACUACACCACAUAAAAGUGUUGAUUCGCUUCAUUUGAAUGCAAAACUGUCUCUAUGUGAUUUAGAAUCUGAUGAUACACACGAUGACGAUGAAGAGGAAAAAGAAGCGGCUGCACGUGCUGCCAAUGAAUGUGCAUUGUUCGAUGCUGCAGAUGAGUUAUUAGGUACACAUCUGCCUGAUUUACAAUUAUUAGCUCAAAAUGCUAAUCAACUGCAAACCACAUUUUUUGUUGAUGCAAUGGGUCGUUUACAUCAACAACAAGUACUUCUUACACCGAAUGGUGCUUGUCAACUAGGCUUAACAAAUAAUGGAUUGUCAAAUUAUCAACUCCACUUGGGACGUUCAUUACGACAAGGUCGUUCAAUUGUUAUGACUGUUGUCCGUCCACGUGGUGUUAGUGGUCGACCGGUGGCUGAAUUUCUACCCGGUGAACUGCGUAAUAAAGACUAUGUGAAAGGUUAUAUGGCAUCUGAGAUAUAUAAGAAAGCUGUGAAAGACACUUUGGGACAAAAAGUAACUCCUAAAAAGCGUACUGGAUCAGGACGGCCGCGGAAAUCAGAUCAAGUCAGUACUUCUGCAGCGGAUAAAUCUUGGUCUGGAUCUGGUAUGGUUCCACUUGGUGAAGUUAAUAUUGACGCCAAUACACCGGGGGCUAGUGGCAAAAAAGGAUCUGCUAACCAGUACCGAUCGGGUAAAGUUGAUUUUGAUACUAGUGAAGAUUCAGGUGGAGCAACUGGUGGUCUUCCUCCACGACCGAAGAAACGCAAGUCUAUGGGAAUGCACAGAAGCUUACGGGAUCUUUGUUCAGAUACACCUUUCUCAUCUGAUGCCUACAAUACAGUAAAUUCAGUAGCAGCUGGUGGUCCACGUUCUGAUGCAACUCCUAUCGACUAUGACCCAUUACACUUUAUUCGUUGUCAUGCUAAAGAUAAUGAUGCUGGUGAUAGUGAAACUAAAGUAUGGCGUUGUCUUUUCGAACCAAAUCCACUGCGACCAGAUGAAACAACUCAUGUGGUUGCUACUUGUGGAGGUGAAUGUGUAUGCUUAAUCAAUUGUGAAACUGGCAAAGUUAUGAAGCGUUUCAAGCAUAUGGAAGAGGAAUUUUAUACCAUAGCCUGGACAACUGUUGAAGUUGAAGGCGGUAAACGUACUAAUAUCUUGGCUGCAGCUGGUCGUAUGCAUGAAAUUCGACUACUUCACCCGGAACAGUUGGUUUGUUAUGCUGAAAUGAAAGGUCAUACAGAGGAUGUAACCGCUAUGAUAUUUCAUCAAACACAAUCUACAAUUUUAUUCAGUGGAGAUUCUAAGGCAUCUGUUAUCGUCUGGGAUAUUGGUAUCCCUUCAGUACCAGACUACAAAACACGCUACCAGUUAUUAAUGCGUCUUCGUUGUCCUAGAUUAGAUGUAAAUCCUGUCCUAAAUCUUGUUUUCCUGCCACACUAUGCCUAUUUAAUAGCUGGUUGUGAAGAUGGUCUAUUUGCUUGGAAGAUAACUGAUUUACGACUGGAGAAAAGAGAACGUGAACCUGAUAUGGAGUUGAAGUUGGACUUUAAUCAUGAAGUGUGUAUUGACGCUUUAGCUCAGCUUAGCGAUAAUGCUUUAGUAAUAAAAGUUGUCGAGUCUGGAGAAAUUAUGGUAUUCGAUUUUGCCUCAAUUCUUGAACGACGUAAAGGUCUUCAACGUAUUGUUCCAAUUGAAAUGAGAGGACAUUUAUUAUGGCAAAAAACAGAUGAAAUCUAUAUCAAUGUAUCUGUUAGACAAAAUCUUGGCGCUGUCCUAUGCGGUGAUAAUGAAGGCUCAAUUUGGAUAUAUGAUUUGGAUCCGUAUUUAGAUGAUUUACACGCUUCUAGUCGGAAACGCUUUCAUGUUAAACCAAUUAAAAUUCUUGAAUGGCCAGAGUGUUCAGUUCAAGGGAAUCGUGAUGAAGAUCAACAACUCAAAGAGAGUAUUACAUCUGGUUUUCGUAAUCCCGUAGUGAAUUCCGUUGAAAUGAGCUCUGAUGGUUAUUAUCUAGCCGCUGUAACUGAUAAUAAUCUUGUAUGCAUAUGGCGAUAUGCUCCACCUCAACAACAGCAACAGCAGCAACAACAACAACAACAGCAGCAAUAUUCUCAAGUUAUUCAACAAACGCCUAUAUCAAUGCCUCAAACAAGUAUGCAAUUCGCAGCAGCAUUGAAUAAUAAUAAUGAUGCAAUUGUUACAAGUGCUGGUGAUAUCCUCAGUGAUGACAUGUCAGCACAAUUCACUGGCAUAGAUAUGCUACAGGAUCAUUCAUCAGCUUCAAAUGUUCUCGAAUUUGUUACUGCUGAUCAACAGUUGUUAGGCUAGAUUAGUCUCAAUGCUCAUGUUUAUUAGUAUUAUUAUCAUUCUGAUUAAUAUUCACCUGUUUUCAUAUAUUUUUUUCCUUUUUUUUCGAAAAAAGUUGUCCCGAUAUUAUUUUCUCAUCCAUUCACUGUCUCCCUGUUCCUUCCUUCCUCAAUAAGUGUAUACAUUUCAAUUGUAUAGAAUUUGUUUAUUUUGACUUUUCUUUCGUUUUUUAAGCGUUUGUCUCUGUGUAUACACAAGGGGGGGUGUACGUACGUAUGAACACACAGGUGUAACAACAUCAUCUCACAUUUUUCUCUCUUUUUUUCUAUACUACUUAUGGUCAUAUUAUCAUUCAUUGGUAUAAGAUAGGAUAGUAGUAGUAUUAUUAUCUCAGCAUAAAGUUAAUCUACAUAUAUUUCUCUACUUUGUAAUGAACGCCAAGAUUGUACUCAUUUCUAUAAAUAAAUAAAAAGCACACAGAUACAACAAGAAAGAAGACAGAUACUUACUUUGUUUACUACUACUACUACUAAUGAUAAUAAUAAUUAUAAUUAUUAUUAAUCUACCACACGCGUUCCAUAAUACUAUUGCUCUCUCUCUCUCCAAAUAUAUAUAUAUAUAUAUAUAUAUAUUGUUAUUGUAUAUCUAUUAUCAUUAUUUUUGUAUAUCUCCUCCCCCACCCCCCUUUUUAUUUGUUUAAUUUAUUUAUUUAUUUGUGUUUUUAUUUUGUAUUUUGUACUCCAUUUAUUUUUAAUAAACUCCUGACCCCUCCCCCCUCAGUGUGUGUUGGUGAAGACUGUCAUUGUCGCCAAUAUAUGUCGCCAUUAUUGUCAUAUUAUCUAUUUGAUGAGUGCUAUCAAUCAAUAACUUGUUUCAUCAUUCAUUAAUCUCAUACAUACAUACACACAUACAUACAUACAUGCAUACAUAUAUAUACAUAUACGUGUACAAUAUACAUACUUCUGUUCUAUUUGUAUACCCAAGUGCAUACGUAGCUUAUAUAUAUAUAUAUUUCUACUGUUUAAUAGAAUAUUUUUUACAUUCUUUGGUUUUGUUUUCCUCUCAUGAUGUGCGGCAUAGUAUGACAUCUACCUAUCUGUCUGUCUGUCUAUCUAUCUAUCUGUUCUAUA